UCCUGGUGGAUUCAAGGUUUUGCACACUUGAGGUAGACGGUGAUCUUCCUCAUUACACCCUUCCCUGCAUCAAGCUCCCACCCAUGCCACAUGUGGCUGCAUGUGGAUGACAGGGCUACCCACACGUGGAUGUAAUAAAACUCAUAAACAUCUGCUCCGAAGCACAGGGAAGAUUGAUGUCAGGUCAAAAUCCGGUUGCCAAACCUUUCCUGAGAAAAUAAUGACUGGUUUCAAAUGAUUGGUGAAAAAGGGUUCGUAAGCCCACCCCCAAAAUGUUGGGAACACUAGGGAGAUAACUAACGUCCCCACCUUUACGGGGAUGAAGGACAUGUGGGACAACAUAUCAACCAUCUAGAUUGUCCAUUAUAUUGAUACCACUAUUAACAACCCAUGGUGCAAAAAUCAGACAUAUUAGUUGAACUGAAGUGUACAAUCGAGUGGAGAACAAAUAGGUCCAAUCAUCAUCUCUACUAGGGUACAAUGUAUUGGGCUUGAAUAUGCUGGCCCCUUGGGAAUUCUUCGAGCUCUAGCAGAUGGAGCAAAACUACUUUUCAAAGAGAUCUUCUACCAUGUUGAGGAGAUAUUUGUCUAUUCAGUAUUGGAUCAUCUGUAGCAGUCAUAUCAAUUCUACUAAGUUAUUCAGUAAGAUGAAACAUCUAUUCAUUAGAUCCCACCAUGGAUUGUGUAUGGUUCUAGAAGCAAUUUGGUUAGAUGGUGCUAACCAUCUAACCUACGGUUUGCAUAGGGACAGACAAUUAUAACAAGAAGACCAGCAUUCAUCUGGUGGGCCACAUUGUAAAAAACAAUGAACAGCCUCCGAUCUGAUUCAAUACAUGUGUGGCCCACUUGAUGAGUGAAUCAGCCUGAUUUUUGUAGCAGGUGAUCUUUUCAUGGUGUGGCCAACUUUUUGCGUAGGUGGAUAAUGGACACACCUUGUUGGCACUGAUGCGGUAGUUGUUUUGUAACUUAGCAGCCUGACUAAUUGUCUUUAAGCAUUACUUAGGGUCACAUACACAUAUGAUGUUUGAAUUCGUGGAUCAUUCAAUACUUUGAAAGCUUUUAUCCAUGAUUCAACCUAAUGGAUUCCUAGAGUCUUCACCCUAUCCCAGAUGUUGCAUACACUGUUUUAUUGGAUCACAGUAACUAGUUCAAUGAGGGUGUGUUUGGAUGGGGUAAAAACAGCGGCUAACAGCAGAAAGGAAAUAAAAGUGUUUUGAUUAUCCAAUGAUGGAUUCCCAAGGGUUCUAUGGCACCAUUGAACCAUGGAUUCCGUUUUUGGGGAUGUUGUUUGGAUAGCAAGUAGUAAUCACAUUUUGUGAGACAAUACUCACCUUGUAUCUUCUUGUAUCUUGUGCUGGGGAAUUGACUAUGGAAAAGUGUAACGAUUACUACAUGGAAUCCACUACUAUUUUUGUUAUCUAAAUAUAGUGAAAUGCCCCAUCAUGGGAAAAGUUUUCCUUUUCCUUUAUUUUCUUUUGCUUUCCGUCAAUCCAAAGUCCCCAAGUGGAAAGGACCACAUUGCCAUUAACUGCCUUGGUCUACAUAAUAAGUAGCUCGUAAAUUGUAGUUACAUUCCUUUUCGGUCCAACUUGAAGGUAAGCUAGUUGCAAUUAGGAUACUAAUUAGCACUUCACUGCGAAUAUUUCCCUUCACUAUUUCAUCUUAUUUUAACUAAUGUUUUUGAAUGUGCAUCCAAAUGCUGGUAAAAUGAUUUUCUUAAUACUGAAGAACGGCUCCUUCGUUGAGGUUGGACAGAUCAAGUCAACAGGCAAGUCUUCACCAGUGAGUGGCUACAAUGAACUUUGCAUGUAAGGCCACAACCUAUACCUCAAAGUAGGCGUCACAUGCCUGGGUAUGUGGUAGCUUUGAACUAGUAAUAUCCUGUUCCAGAUCUAAUCAUGCAUACUGACGCAGCCAAUCCUUUCAAUGAUGAGAACUGUACCCGAAAGUACAUUAAUGAGGCUGUUAGUGCAGAGAAGCAGUUGUGGACAUUGAUCCACUCUAGGUCUCCAUUGGAUGUUGAUGUUCUGGAGACUCACCGGAAGGCCCGUUCUAGCUAUGAGAACACUGUCUUGUUUGAUCAUGAAUUUGCACAACUUCAUGAUAUUGAACAUGCUUUGUGGAGGCUCCACUACAAGCUUAUUGACGAAUUCCGCAAAAGGAUACAGGCAGAUGCUUUUAGCGGAGAUUGUAUAGACUUGGAUACACCCCAUGAGGCUGCUGUUGGGAAACCCAAGAGUGAUCAUCUUCUGGAAGGAUUUAGAACUUUCCUGUCAGAAGCUACUGAAUUUUACAAGGAAUUGAUUGAAAAAAUCAAAAAAAGAAAUGGGCUUGCUAAGGAACUUUCAAUUUUUAAGGAAGAUUGUUUCUCAAAUUUCCCAAUGUCAACAGAAAUGCAAAGAUGCCAAUAUUUAUGCCACCGAUGUUUAGUUUGCCUUGGAGAUCUUGCUCGAUACAAUGAACUCUACGGAAAUCGUGACAUUCAGAAUCGUAACUGGUCAGUUGCAGCCAACCACUACUUGAGUGCAUCAAUCCUCUGGCCAGAGAGCGGAAAUGCUCAGAAUCAGAUGGCUGUCUUGGCAAUAUACAUUGGUGAUGAACUCCUUACUAUGUAUCACUGUAUAAGGAGUCUGGCAGUUAAAGAGCCCUUCCUCAAUGCUUGGGAUAACCUUAUUUUAUUGUUUGAGAAGAAUAGAUCGUCUCAUUUAUAUCCCCUUUCUAAAGAGACUGCUACUUUUGAUUUUCUUAAACCAUCCGAAAGAAUUGCGACACAAGUAAAUGAAGCAUCUGGCAUUAAACAAUCAAACCACAAAAUGCCGGGAGCCAGUGAUGAUGUUGUUUCUUCUGAGGGGACAUGUUUAUGGAACCUUGCUGUUCGGAUGAUAAGCUUCUUGUUUAUUAAAUCAAGUUUGGAGGACUUCACUAGCAUCUUUUCCUCAUUUGUAAGUGAACUGCAAGCUUUAUUGUCACUUGAUGAUUCAAAACUAAAGGCAGAGCUGGAGUCCUAUCAGCACAUUGGACGCAAUGCUGCUAUCAUAGGUCCUCUCCGAAUGCUUCAACUCGUCUGUGCACUCAUUUUCUCUGUCCAUUCCUUGGGUGAAAACCAGAAGCUGCAAAGGCCAAAAUUCUUGGGGGAGAUAGAUCAGCCUGUCUCAGUAGAGCUGGCACUGACUGCAACUCUCAUAUGUAUUGGCCGUCUCAUGCAAAGAUGUGCUGCAGCUAGUCCUGUGCACCACAGUCCCCUCCUACCUGCUAUCCUUGUGUUUUUGGAGUGGCUCGUAGACUGGCCAGAUGUAGUAGCAAUCGAUGAGGCUGAUGAAAAAUAUGCCCGUGCAGUUGUUUACUUCUCCAGCACUUUUGUAGACCUGCUGAACAGAAUCAGUGAAAGUGAGGGGAUUAGCAACGGGUCUGUUAGUGCGGCUGAGUCUCCAUUUUACCGUAGUGCCCUGUGGGAAGAUUAUGAAUUACGAGGUUUUGCACCCAUUGCUCCUGGCCAUGAACCAUUGUAUUUCACGCGUGGUGAUGAUAAUGGCAAUCACCAUCAUCAUCAUCAUGCCCGCAUUCAUCGUAUCUUUGUUGCAGCUAUGAAGGCUGCGGAUAAUAGUAAUGGGUCUGUUGGAAUUCGGAAAUGGAUUUGUUAUGAAAAAUCUGAAAGAAAGUUCUAUACGGCACAAUCCAUGAAAGCAGACUUGUUGGAUAUAUCACCUAGUGGAUCCAUGAAAGAAAACAAACUGCAGGCUGAUGUGAAGAGUUCUUCCAAGUCGACACAUCAGAAUACGUGUGGCAACUCUAGACAUGUAGAAGAAGAAGAAGAAGAGAUUGUAUUCAAGCCUACUGUAAGAAUUUCUCCAGCACCACUUUGUGUUCCUGUCAAUGCGAAUCAUGAACUGUUCGUUGAGGGUCUGCACAAGCAAAUUUCAGCUUCUAGUGGAUGUGGAUCCUCGUCACUUAUUAGGCUCCAUUCAAACAUAGCCAUCACAAAUUCCAAUACAUGCAGUAAGACUCCCCUUGCCAAUGAUUCAGUAUCCAGCCCUUUGUUCCCUUCCGAUUUGAGCACUCCCUUCUGUUUUAGUGGACAGACAACAACAGACAGUUUAAGGUUUGGGAUAAUGGACAAUGGAACAGCUGGGCUACCAUCUCAACUAGACAGGGCCCCCUCUCUCAGUGCAUGGGGCCUUAAAAGAGACAAUGCCGAGGUUGCUGCAUUGGGAGAUGCACUGCGGGUGAAAAAUUCUAGUAUCAGAUGUAUUGACGGUUUGGGCAGUGAUGUCAAGGAAAUCUCUUCCGAGCACCUGGGUAGCAGCCUCCCAAUCAAUGGAGCCAUGGAAAGAUGGCAUGAAAGAGAGCUACCAACUUCAAAGGGAAACUAUGUCAUUGGUCAUGGAUACACUUCUUCUGGCAUUGCUGCACCUCCUUACUUGGCCCCACUGCCUUCUGCACCACCAUUAUCAAAUCUAUCAGAGGAUGGAAUCUCGUCAUCAUGUAAUGGUAAUGAUAUGAUGCAGCACAUUUUGGCAACUUCAACGAUGCUACAGGAUUCAAUGAUGGACAGGAAAGGCAUGCCAGGCUUUAUCGAUGCAUCCUCACCACAAGUAAACAACUACUUUCACUCGAAAUGGAUUAGAGCUCUUCAGGGCCCAUCCAUGUGUGAUUCUGGCCUUCCGGGGUACAAUAGAUAUACACCGCCAAUUUUCCCCGCAAAGGUGGCAGCAGAUGAUGGGCCAUGGCUUCACCGGCAAUGGGACAAUUUCCAUCAAGACCGCCUCCAUGAUCUGUUCUGGCCAGUAGGUAGAUUUCAUUUACCAACCCAUACUGGAAGGUUCCAAGACCUUGACGUUUCCAGGUUUCCCGCUUAUGAUAGUUGGGCAAUGAACUACAUGGAUGGCCCACCUUUGCAGCCUCAAGUCUAUGAUGCUGGUACUCAGAUGAUGGAUAGAUUUCAUCAUGGUGGUUACCAGGGAACAAGCUGUUAUGGCCAUGGUGGCAUGGUAGACGAAAUAUCAGAGAGGCAGCUGCUUCUGCAAUACCUCAAAGAGAAGGAGUGGGUCUUGCAGCAGCAAGGGCCCACUCAACUUAGAGGUUCCUCUUAAACAACUGAGAAUAUGAUAUCAAUAAUCCAAUCGGAAAGACGGGGGAGGCUACAUGUUCAAGCAAUAUCUUAGUUGACAUGUAUAUAUGCAUUAUAUGUAUAAACAAAACAGGUGACCGUUUCUGGUCAUGUAUUUUUACCACUGAAAAUUGCACUUUGAUUGAUAGUGUAGACAGCAACCAGUGUAAUUGGAUGUGUGGAUCUGGCCUAUGUGAACCAAGCCCUUGUAUGUCAGUAUCUGCAACUUUUUCUCAAACAGCAUGUGAUUGAGUACUGUA